UCUUCUCCUCCCCAGCGUGUGCGUGCGGUGGCCGAAGAACUGACUGGUGUGCCUGGCUCGCGACUGGCGUUGGUGCUCGCUCCGCGCAGCCAAAAACAAAACCAAACCAAGCCCGCACAAAGCUACAAAGCCCCCCACCCCACCCCGCUCAUCGCCUCCUCCGCCCUUCGCCUCGCCGCGCCGCCGACCGCCGCCGUUCCCGUGUGUCGCCUAAGCCGGAGAUUAGGUAGGGUUCGUUCCGGCGCCGAGCGCCGGGGUAUGAGCAGCAGCCGCCGCACCGCAGGAUCUAGGGUUCCAACGACCCCGCUCACGGAUGGAGGGUGCUAGAAGCUCCAGCGACCUCCCCUCGGCAAACACCCAUGGAUUAUGAUGAUACUGAUUUCCAGAGCCAAAAUUUUCAACUAGCUGGCGAGGAUAACAGUAAAUCCCCAUCAGCUUUGCGUUCAUUUGCACUGCCGAAGCUUGAUAUCGACGACCAGCUGCAGGGCCAUCUAAGAUUUGACAAUUUAGUCGAUUCAGAAGGAUUUUUCAGUGCAGGGGGGCAAGAUAAUAGUUGGAUUGAAGUGCUGUCCACUGGAAGUAGUGUUGUUGAUUUUAGUGCUAGUGCAGCUGAAUCUUGCUCCAUAUCUAGGACUAAUUAUGUCUGGUCAGAGGCAACAUCAACAGAGUGUGUGGAAAUGUUAUUGAAGUCGGUGGGAGAAAAUGAGAUGACUGGAAGCAUGGAUGGUAGUGCACAUCAGCAGUUAAGUGGUAUGGACAGUCAAAUUGAUCUAUCCAAUACUCAACCAAAAUCGAGUAACUCUCCAUCAGGUAGCAUUGUAGUGCCAACUGAGAAUGAUCAGUCUCAGAGUAAAUCGAGUGAGAAGUUGUCCUCAGCUUCCAAAAACACAACUGAAAGCUGUCCAGCUGUUGGGAACUAUUUUGAUGUGGUUCAUGCUGACGAUUCUUUGGACAACCUCAGCAUACACUCAGCUGGAGUAGAUUCCGGGAAGUUGAAUGAUGAACCCUUCUCAGAUUUGGCUCCAAUUCAGAACAUGUACUCUACUGGCUCAUAUCAUUUUCAGCAAGAUAAUCAAGGAUCUGGAGUUGGUGUUACCCAUCAGGACUCAGAAAUACAAUGUAUGCAUAAGAAUAAACUGGAAGGUGGAAUUCAUGAGUUGCAAAAAAUGUCAGAAAGCUCUGAUGGAUUAUUGGAGGCCAUCACAAAUCCAGUCAAGAUGAUGCAAAGGGAUGAUGACACUUGUAAGAGAGCCAGUGCCCCUCUUCAACCAUCUUUUUCACAAGUAGAUGCAGCAAAUGAGCCUGAAACUUCAGUUGACACAAGUGACAAGCUUGUCAUUGAGAAGUUUGGUAUGGGUGAAGAACCCAGUUCUGCUAAAUCUCGUCGAUCCCAGCCAGAUAUGGAACAUUCUAAUUCUCAUGUCAUUACUGCCUUGUCAACUGAAAGCGGCCAGUUGAUUCAGUCUCCAAAUGGGAAACAGCUUACUCAUGUCACAGGAGUUCCUGAAGAAACAAAAGGUGGUGGUCUGGAUGAUACAAAUACUGACGUCUCAAAACUUGGAGUGCUGGAGCAGCAUCAAGAAUCUGUUCAUAGUCUAAAAACUGUUAUCAUGGAUGAUACAGAUAUAAACACUGGCGAGGACUCAAAACUUGGAGUGCCAGAGCAGCAUCAAGAUUCUGUUGAUAAUCUAAAUAGUGUUGUCAUGGAAGAAAAAAUAACUAGGGAGGAAAUCUCUGCUGUUUCAGGGGAUUUUGAACACUUGGUAGAAACUGGUCAUGAUGAAAAUGCUAAAAGUGCUACCGGUACAUCAAAAGAUGAGUUUGACUUAUCAGGCGAUGUCACCACUGGCAAUUCUUCAGCUGGUUUACUAGAUGAAACCGAUCCAAACAUUUUGUCAGUAAACCACCAGGGACCAGUCAAGGAAGAUGAUACACCUGCUUUAGAAAAUGAGCCUGUAAACCAGCAUUUGGUAUCACCUAAUUCCGUGCCUUCAAGCAUCAAUAUCAGUUCUACCACUGUUGCUGAUACUUCCAAUACAUCAAUGGAUAAACUCGACUGUUCUGGAGGUGUUCCAUCUGGUGGUUCUCCUUCUGGUAUACUUGAUGGAAAUGAUCUGAUGACGGAGUCAUUCAAGAAAGGUGCUUCUUCUUCUUUAGAAGUUGGAGACAACAAUGUAACAUCCCCUGUUUCUGAGCCCUGGGGAAAGAAUCUGGCAAUACCAGUGAACUCAAACAUCGAUGCUAUUCAUAGCAGCAAUACUGAUUCUGUUGCAAGUAAGACACAAUGCGAAGAGCAGGCUACUUUGACCAUGAAUCAAACUGAUGAUAAAUCAGGUGAUCAUCCAGAUUCUUAUACACAAAAAUGCCAGACUGAUGGACCUUCAUUACAAUCUGAACAUCAAGAAAAUGUUCAUCUGCAAAAGUUCCAGAUUGAUGAACCUCCCAUACAAUCUGAACAUCACGGGAUUUCAGUCACACCCUCCUCCUUGGGUGUUUCACCUGACAAGGCUGCAGAGGCGAUUAUAGAAACUCCUUUGAAUGCAAAAGAUGAUCAGAGUGCACAUAUAAAAGAUAUCGACAGAAGCUGUAAUGAUGCUACAUGUGGUUCACCUACAGUGAUUAGUUGCACUGAACCCUGUGUCCAAGAAGGUGGACAGGGGGGUAAUGAUUUGCUUCGUCAAACCCCCUCUGAACAAUCCGGUGAUCAAAAAGAUCCUGCAGCCUCAGCUGACAUUUUCCAGAGUUCAAAAGAAUGUUCAGCCAGAAAUAUAGAACCUACCAUCAGUUCCGAGGAGACAAAUACAGCAGGAGAUGAUAGAGGUUUCUCGUUUGAGGUUGGAGAUCCACCUGAAGUAUCCGAGAAAGCUCAUUGUCCUGCUUGGAGUCCUUUUCCCAUAUCUAAAGCUGCUCAGCCUCAGAGUACCGAGGCAAGCACAGAAACUCCUAAAACUGGAAAUCCUUCUGGAAAUGCAUUGAGGACCAUUGAAGAUAGUAAGAGAAAGACUGGCAAAGAACAGCUACCGGGAAAAAAGGUGGUUGAAAGUGUUGGGGUGCUCUCUAUCAGCUCACAUAAUGGUGAUGGCACUAAAACCAGAAGUACACCACUAGAGCAGCCACAACAGCAUCCAACUACUGAGAGCACUGCUCUAGCGCAUCAACCUUUCACAGAUAUACAACAUGUGCAGCUACGUGCACAGAUCUUUGUUUAUGGAGCUCUUAUUCAAACAAUACCACCAGCAGAGGCUUACAUGGUGUCAGCUUUUGGAGAACAUGUAGGUGGUGGCAAGCCUACAUGGGAGGCAGUUUGGCGAGUUGCCGUCGAGAGAUUUCAGAUUCAGAAGUCACCUUUAAUUGGCUUGGAAACUCCUACGAGUUCACGUAUAGGUAGUCGAGUGGCUGAAAAAGCUAGUAAGGGCUUGGCAGUUAAAACUGCACCAGCUAGCAAAAAAGGUGACAAAACUGUGUCGCUGGCACAUCCUGCUACACUGCUGCACUCACCAACUUUUAAUGCGUCACCUCUUGGUAGUUCUACAUUGAACCUGCAGCGAGGUUCCCAUCUGGAUUUUAGCCAGGCUGUAUCACCGCUAUUCGCAUAUAAUUCACAGACGAGGCAACCUACUUCUGCUGUUGCAUCCUGGUUUCCUCAGAGUGCUGGUCCACGUGCUGCGCCUUGGCUGGUUCCACCUCAGAACUUAAUAUUUGAUUCAUCGAUGCAACCAACCGCGCCUUCAAGUGAAUCUGCGAAGGGGUCCUUUCAAAAUAUAUCCAUUUCGCAAGCUAUUACACCUGGUGUAUUUCUUCCCAAUCAGGCAUCUGCUACUGUGGCUUCUCCAUUAGCAGUUGUACAUGAGGAGAAACAGAAGACACCCGCUUCUACUUCUAAGCGUGGUAGAGGUGGAGCUGCAUCACGAAAGCCAAGAAAGAGAAAGAAAGCUUCAGCAAGUCCAGAACAAGAACUUGACAUCAAUAACUCUCAGCUCAAAACAGACAUUGCAUCUGUUACUCCUGCCACUGAUCACACACCAGGCUUCACCUUGUCUACUCGUUCUACAAGUAGUGCUUUGGGCGGCGGGCCUAUUCCUAACACAAGUUUGAUCACCUCUGUGCCUGACUACCUGGUUGGUAAGGGUGCCGAGAAAACAAUAAUCUUUUCAGAACAGAUCAGUGGUGCUGUAGAGCAAUCAAUGGACCAAGCAAAAGGUGCAAGUAUGUCCUCUAUGGAGGCACUUAGGCACAGUGAAGUUGUAUGGAGCCACUUGUCCAAAAACUCUAGGAGCCAAUUACCUGCAGAAGUUGAACAAAAGCUUAAUUCAGCUGCUGCUGCUGCUUCUGCAGCAGUUUCUGUUGCGCAGGCUGCUGCAGAAGCCGCUAAGAUGGCGGCAGCGGCCGCAUUGCAAGCAAAAUUGAUGACAGAAGAGGCCCUUGGCUCUUCAAAAUCUGCAAAUUCCUUGCAGAACCGCCAUGCUGGUGAAAUUGAUGUCAAUAAUAAUCUGGCUAGUCUGUCAAGUUUAACACCCAAAUCAUCUUGGAAAAUGAAUGACAGCAGUCAUGCCCCAGGUUCCACCAUUUCGGUGGCACGUGAGGUUGCUAGAAAGAGAGUUGAAGAGGCAUCUGCAGCAGCAAAACGUGCUGAAAACUUAGAUGCCAUACUGAAAGCUGCAGAGCUUGCUGCAGAGGCUGUGUUCAAAGCAGGAAGCAUCAUAGGAAUGGGUGAGCCUCUGCCAUUUACUCUAAGUGAGCUGUUGGAAGCUGGUCCUGAUGGCUACUGGAAGUCUGACAGAGUGAAGAAUAAGAAGGCUGGAAACACCAGUGUUAAUGCUGUAAUAGAAGAAGUGGAGGUACCUAAUGAUAUAAAUAAAUCUGGCAGAAAAUCUCGUAGCAAAGCUAAAAUUGAUAAAGCAACACAGAACUCAGAGCAAUCUUCCAGUGUCAAAGGAUUGCAGCCAGAUGGGAUGCAAUCAGGAAAUGGGGUUGGAAAUGACCCUGCCGCUGCCCCACUCAAUGACAGCAGGAAUGAUACUUCACCAAGCAUAAUCUGGAAUGGCAUUGGAAAGGGAUCUCUUGUUGAGGUUUUAGCUGAUGAGGGUGCGUUUAAAGCAGCUUGGUUUUGUGCCAAGGUCCUUGAUAUAAAUGAAGAUAGUGCAUGCAUCAGCUAUGAAACCCACGGUGAAGGAACUGGUAUUCGUGAAGCAUGGGUGUCACUGAAACAGGAUGGGGAGAAGGCACCUCAAAUACGUCUUUGCCAUCCUGCUACAAUGCCUAAAUCCAAAGGCACUAGAAAGCGCCGCAGGGACACACCAGGAAAUUAUUCUUGGGCUAUUGGUGAUCACGUGGAUGCAUGGAUCGAAAAUAGUUGGCGAGAGGGCAUUAUUUCCCAGAACUGUGAAUCCGGUGAAAUAAAGUUUGUUGUGCAAUUGUCAGUUGGUGAUUCCAUGGUUGUUGAUGCUUGGAAUCUUCGUCCAUCACUUGUUUGGAAGGAUGGCCAAUGGACAGAGUGGUCACGUGCACAAGAGAGGAAAGAUAAAUCUAAUAAUAAGGGUGAUUCUCCUUAUGAGAAGCGUCAAAAGACAGCAGUUUGUGAUCCUGUGCCAACUGUUGGAGUAGCACCUGAACCACACAAGGACAAAGGCACUAAAAAUACAACAAAACCAGAGGAGCAGCCACUGGCUUUAUCUGAUAAGGAUAUUAUGUUCAACAUUGGAAAGAGUGCAGUUGAGAAUAAAUCCACCAGACGGCCUGGACUGCAAAAAGAAGGAUCAAAGGUCUUUGGUGUCCCAAAACCUGGAAAGAAGAAGAAAUUUAUGGAAGUAAGCAAACAUUAUGUUGCAGAUCAAGCUGAUAAGAUUUCUGAGGGCAAUGCAUCCACAAGAUUUGCAAAACAUUUAAUGCCACAGGUGUCAAGACCACGGGAAAGUACUUCAAAACCUGACCAAAGAGGAACCCGGAUAGGUGACAUGAGGUCCAGAGGACUUAAAUCUGCAAAGUCUCAGAAUGUUUCAACUAACAGCAUUCCUGGCAAGGAUCCUCCAUCCAUGCCUGUCCUGAGUUCUGCUGUUCUUGAAAGUAGUUUUGCUUUUGCGGGAAGUAUGCCAAGUUCCUCCAACACUGCGAACCCUACUAUGGAAAGAAAUAAUCCUGCUCAUGGCACGGGCCUUAGAACUGAAAAUGUGUCUCUUCCGGAAUCGCGCAUACCAGCUGCACCAACUGGCCCUGCUACCAAGAAGAAUUCAACAGCUACUGAUCGAGCUAAGAGGAAAUAUGUCCCUUCUGUGGAUAGUAACUUGAACCGGAGGAUGCUGAAAACGUCUGAAAUUCCAGGUCAGACUACUUCAGAUUUUGCCGAACCCCGAAGGUCCAACCGCCGAAUUCAACCAACCUCACGGUUGCUCGAGGGCCUGCAGAGUUCUCUUAUAAUCUCCAAAGUUCCUGGCGAAAAAGCCCCUAGGACCAAUUACAGAAGUGCUACUUCUACCUCGAGAGGGAAAGCUCAUGGCUAAAAAAGGCGUCAAGAUGCUGUUUCGGCGAGACAACUCUGGCGUCUUUGUACAUAAUCGGUAGCUUGCCGUGUAUGGAAGCAAAAGGAUAGACUUGGAGUAAAGGCUUUUCGCGCUGGUGUGUUGGGAUGUACUAUAAAUUAGCUUUAAGUUAGAGGCUUUUCUUUCUCAUUCUCUAUUGUGCUGGACAGUAUCGUUCCAUGUUGUAGGUGUCCAUUAAUCACCCAAAACCCUCCAUGUAAUCUGCAUGGAUACAACGCGAAGGGGAAAAGCUGGACCUGGUUUAAACUCAGCGACAGUCGUGCACCGUGUAUGUGACAAUGGUUAUUUUACUUUAUCUGGAGUGCCAGCCCCAUAUUAGAAUGAACGACUGGUACUCUAUGGUGUAAGUGAAUGCUUUGACAAAUUUGACGUGUGAUUGGCGUGCACCUUUUAAUACUGCCUGUGUGGGCACUGGUGCGUAGUCACGA